CUCCACCGCGUCAUCUGAAUGGAAACAUGGACGCCUUCAGGGGAGAACAUUUGACCAAUCAUGUCCAGGAACUAUGAGCCCGGGCACUCGGUAGGGAUGCUGGCGGCCGUGGAGCACGGUCCCAUCCUCUGCAGCGACUCCAACAUCCUGUGCCUGUCCUGGAAGGGCCGCGUGCCCAAGAGCGAGAAGGACAAGCCCGUGUGCCGGCGGCGGUACUAUGAGGAGGGAUGGCUCGCCACGGGCAACGGCCGCGGCGUGGUGGGCGUCACCUUCACGUCCAGCCACUGCCGGCGGGACCGCAACACGCCGCAGAGGAUCAACUUCAACCUGCGGGGCCACAACAGCGAGGUGGUGCUGGUGCGCUGGAACGAGCCCUUCCAGAAGCUGGCCACCUGCGACAUGGAGGGAGGGAUCUUCGUCUGGAUCCAGUAUGAAGGACGAUGGUCGGUGGAGUUAGUGAACGACCGUGGAGCCCAGGUGAGUGACUUCACCUGGUCCCACGACGGCACCCAGGCGCUGAUCGCGUACCGGGACGGCUUCGUGUUGGUGGGCUCCGUCAGUGGGCAGCGCCACUGGUCCUCCGAGAUCAACCUGGAGAGCCAGAUCACCUGCGGGAUCUGGACUCCUGACGACCAGCAGGUGCUGUUCGGUACUGCGGACGGACAGGUGAUCGUCAUGGACUGCCAUGGAAGGAUGCUGGCCCACGUUCUGCUGCACGAGUCAGACGGGAUCGUGAGCAUGUCCUGGAACUGCCCGGACUUCCUUGUGGAGGACAGCACUGAGAGUGACACGGAUUCUGAUGACAAUGUUCUGCCAUUAGGUAACAACAUCAAACCCUUGUUGACGGUGAGCUUCUUAUCAGGAGACAUCAGUUUAAUGAACAACUACGAUGACCUCUCGCCUACCGUGAUCCGCUCGGGCCUGAAAGAUGUGGAAGUCCAGUGGUGCUCCCAGGGCGACCUGCUGGCUGUGGCCGGCAUGGAGAGACACUCUGCAGACCCCGACUCUGUCUGCGCCUCCAACACCAGGAACGCUCUGGUGAAGUUCUACAACGUCCAAGGGGAACACAUCUACACCCUGGAGACGCCCGCGCAGAGGCCCAUCACUACCAUCUGCUGGGGUCACCGGGACUCACGGCUGUUCCUGGCGUGCGGGCCGGCGCUGUACGUGGUGCGUGUGGAGCACCGCGUGGCCAGCCUCCAGUUGCUAUGCCAACAGGGCAUCGCCAGCGCACUGCGCGAGGAGAGGGACGUGGGGAAGCUGAACAUGCCCUCCCUGCUCUGCUCUUACGUCACCACCGCCUUCAUUCCCACCAUCAAGCCUCCGAUCCCGGACCCCAACAACAUCCGAGACUUUGUCAGCUACCCCACCGCCGGCAACGAGCGGCUGCACUGCACCAUGAAGCGUGCGGAGGACAACCCUGAGGCGGGGGGGCCCUGCUACACGCUGUACCUGGAGCACCUUGGGGGCCUGGUGCCCAUCCUGAAGGGCCGGCGCAUCAGCAAGCUGCGCCCCGAGUUCGUCAUCAUGGACCCCAAAAUGGAUGGCAAAAUGGAGGAGGUGUGUGUGAACCCCAUGAUCUCCUACACUGACAGCUGCAACGGUUCUGACUCCAGUGACAUCGAGCUGACGGACGAGUGGGUCGGGAAGAAGUCCCCAAAGCUGUCCCGUGGAAACAGGUCUCCCAAACUCUUCAGAAUGAACAUGGAAUCCCGGAAAUCUCCUAAGCUCUCACGAGCAAACCAGGAGGGCCAGCGAUCACCACGCUUACCGUCAAAGAAGGCUCCGGUCCGCUCCCCCAGUCUGACUCGCCGGGAAUUUUGUAUGGACGGCAUCACAGAGCACAACUACCUCGCUCAAGUUACAUCCAACAUAUGGGGAACCAAGUUUAAAAUUGUCGGGCUUGCCUCUUUUCUGCCUGCCAAUCUUGGUGCAGUCAUCUACAAAACCAGUUUACUGCAUCUACAACCGAGGCAGAUGACCAUCUACCUUCCGGAAGUGAGGAAGAUCUCCUUAGACUUCAUGAGUCUGCCUGUUUUCAACCCCAACGUCUUCAGUGAGGAUGAGGACGACCUGCCGGUGAUGGGUCCAUCAGGAGUGGCGGGAGACAACCCUCCCUGCACAGUCAACAUCCCCAUCGCUCCCAUCCACAGCCCCGCCCAGGCUAUGUCACCAACUCAGAGUAUUGGCCUUGUCCAGUCUCUUUUAGCCAAUCAGAACAUUCAGCUCGAUGUCCUGACCAAUCCCACGGCCACAGCAGCGGUGGCUGCUGCUGCAGCGGCUGCAGCCGCCGUUCCGCCCGCCGACCACAGCCAGGAUUCGGUUGCGGCGGCGCCGUAUCCAGUGCCGACCCGGUACUCGAACCCGGGUCAGGCCAUCUUCAGCGGCAUGGACAUGGGACCCCCUCUCCUGGCCGUCACUCCUCCUCUUCCGCCUCCUCCCCACCACCCCCCACCCGAGCCGCACCCUCACCCUCCCCACCACCCCCAGCGCUCCCGGGCCCAGCAGCUGCACCAUCAGCCUCCCUCCAAGCAGUCGCAGCAGAUGCAGCUGCAGCAGCAGAAGACGCACCAUCAGCAGCUGCUUCAGCAGCCGCCGCCACACCACCACCAUCAGCAACAGACACAGCAACAACAUCUGCAUCAGCAGCAACAACAGCAGCAACAACAGCAGCAUCUCCAUCAACAGCAGCAGCAGCAGCAGCAUCUACAUCAACAACAACAGCAGCAGCAGCAACAACACCAACAACAGCAGCAGCAGCAGCAUCAACAACACCAACAACAACUGCAGCAGCUGCACCACCAGCAGCAACUCCUGCACCAACAGCAGCAGCAGGCGCAGCAUCAGCAGCUUCAGCAGAGCCAGCAGCACGCCGCCAACCCGCAGCAACUCCACCAUCAGCAGCAGCAGCAGCUGCACCAGCAGCAGAUGCAGAUUCAGCACGAGCAGAUGCAGCAGCAGCAGCAGCAGAUCCGCCUGCAGAUCCAGGAGAUGCGGCAGCAGCAGCAGCAGCUGCAGCAGCAGCACCAGCAGCUGCAGCAGCAGCACCAGCAGAUGCAGCAGCAGUUGAAGAUGCAGAUGGCGCUGCCCCCUCCCCCGUCCGGGUAUCCAACGCUCUCCCUGCAGCAGCUGCACCUCCUGCCGCCGAUGCCCCCCCCGACCGCGGAGCCCGGACUGGACAGGGCAGAGCAGCACGGGCACGGGCACGGGUCCAAGCCCAGCCUCCCUCGCUCCCUGCCGCCCUCCUUCAUCGACGCCGACGGCACGGUGGAGAUCCAGAUGAGGAAGAUGAACCCUCCCCCUCCGUACCCUGGCACCACGGUGACGGUGACGGCGUCGGGGGUCUCGUCGUCGGCCAUACCGCAGACCCUCAUCACCAACUGCGACAGCCCCAGCGUACUGGCUCCGGACCCCUGCCUGAAGAAGGACGAGUUCCUGCUUCACCCGGUCACCCUGCAGUACCCCACACCCCUGGGCUACGAGAGAAUCACCACCUUUGACAGCAGCGGCAACGUGGAAGAGGUGUGCCGCCCGCGGAGACGCCUCAUUCGCAACCAGAACACCUACGCCCUCCAGGGCAUCAGUGGCUCCGCCACCCUCAAGGUCACGUCGUCGGACAGUAAGAAGAUCCAGCUGCCCUACAGCUCCGCCACUCUGAGCAGACUCUCUGUGCCUCGGUACUCCAUCCCCAGUGGAGAUCCGCCUCCUUAUCCCGACCCAGCCAAUCAGGUCCCCGCUACGCUCCCGCCUCCCCAGAGGAUCGACAACACCCUCAUCCAUGCCACGCUGCGCCGGGACCGCAGGGACCAGGCUCUCAAAGUGCCGCAGAUGAUGGAGAGCUCACGGACGCUUCCCACCAAGUCGAAGGUGAACAGUGCGCUCGCGCUCUCCUACCAGCAGAGGAUACCCACCGCUCUGUACACCUGCACACAGUGCAGCAGCAACAACAGCAGCACUAAUGUCAGUGUCAGCGGGGGCGGGACCAGCAGCAGUGGAAUUGCAGGGGGCACAGUGGUGCGGCAGGACUUCCCCCCGGGGAAAGGAGCUCACCAUAGCACAAUUAUCGUGCACUCCAAGAGCACCUCCCCCCUCACCUCCCAGUCCUCCCAGUACAAUCUGCUGGGUCCAGUAGACAACAGCAGGGACAGAACCGUGUACGUCAACUCAGCCUUCACCGAGGACGAGGCUGUAAACCAGCAGUGCCAUCUGGAGAAGUCGCUGCGCCAUCUGACCCUCGGCGACGUCGGUUUGACGGUCAAACGUCCUCCACCCUACCAGUGGGACCCGUCGUCCUCCACCUCCACAGAACACUUCUGGCUCGCCCCAGAGCAGACCAUGUUAGCGCCUCCGCCGCCGCCACACAAACCCCCACCCCUCCUCUUCAGCCAAGCCCCGCACCUGGACAUGGCCCGGCUUCCCUUUGUGUUCACCACCAAGCCUCCGAACAGCCCUAGCACAAGCACACUGACCUUUCCCUCCGGCUAUCAGAUAUCCCUCUCGCCGUUUCCCCCUGGCAUGGGUCAUAGCGUGACGUCGACGCUGCAGAACCUCCAGAGCACCUCGCAGCAGAGCGAAACAAUCGGGUCGUCGCCUUUUGCACAGCAGGGUGCGAGUCUGGUCCUCCCUCCGGGCUACCCUUCCAGCCUCGCUAACUUGGCUUGCUGCCCUCUACCCCCCAUGUACCCAGGGGCGAGCUCCUGUGCUGGGCUCCAGCUGCACCCUGUGAACCUACACCCCUGGAACCCCUAUCCCUGCCCUCCCCCGCCGCCAAUGCAGGACCCCCCCUCCCACCCAGCGCCUCCCCUGCCUACCAAAACCCACCAGAAGUUAGAAAAGCCUAUCCUUUCGCCGCCACCCCCGACCAUGCCACCUCCUCCUCCCCCACUCCCUCCCCCGCCACCUCCCACAGAACCCCCGCCGCCACCCAAGGGCACCACGGAGGACCAUGCAGAGUCUGCCAACAACUUCCUGGAGCCGCCGUCCCUUAACGACAGCCCCGUGCCACGGGAGUCUGAGCGUGUCAGCAAGAAGAGCCGCAAGAGGCUGGACAGCCGGGCCGAGGAGGCCAACAUGCCCGCCGUCUCCGAGGGCAAAGGAAGGAAGGAGGGCCGCGCACUGUCCGACUUCAACAGCCUUAUCUCCAGCCCCCGGCUCGGGGGGAGGGACAAGAAGAAGCCCAAGGGCCAAAGAGAGCAGCUCAACAAGGGCAAGAAGAUGAUGAGCAGGACCACCAACGAGUUCCAGGACAGCUCUGAGAGCGAGCCGGAGCUGUUCAUCAGCGGGGACGAGCUGAUGAACCAGAACCAGAGCAGCAAGAAGAGCUGGAAGAACAAGAGGAGUCUCCGGAUGGCCAGCGAGCUGGAGGAGAUCAAGUGCCGCAAGGCCAACGAGAGGGAGGACCGCAGCCUGGGCAGCCAGGGCUUCGUUUACGUCAUGGCCAACAAGCAGCCGCUGUGGAACGAGGCCACCCAGGUGUACCAGCUGGACUUUGGUGGACGCGUCACUCAGGAGUCUGCAAAGAACUUUCAGAUCGAACUGGACGGCAGACAGGUGAUGCAGUUUGGACGGAUCGACGGCAACGCCUACAUCCUUGAUUUCCAGUAUCCUUUCUCUGCUGUGCAGGCCUUUGCUGUUGCCUUGGCAAAUGUAACGCAGCGGCUCAAGUGAAAGACUCUACUU